AUGUCCACAAAGAAGAUUGCACAGGAUAGUCCUCUCCCAAAUCUCAACCGCUAUAUCACGGCUCACGACGAAUCGACCGGAAAAGCCAUCUUCUCGAACGCGGUGCCCGAGCAAAAUCCUACACAGGUCGUACCCGGCGCCGUCUUCCGCCAAGGAUAUGUCACAAAGAAGUUCCCUGUUCAAAUCAACGGAGACGAAGACUUGAACGGGUACAAAUCGUUCCUCGAGUCCCCACCGGGUCUUGUGAACAGCACUGGUACCGUGCUUCGCAUUGUCGACUGCCCUCCACAGUCCACAUCGCCGAUGCACCGAACGGUAUCACUGGACUACGGCAUCGUAUUGAUCGGCGAGGUAGACCUGUUACUAGAUUCUGGAGAGGUCAGGACGAUGAAACCAGGAGAUAUGGCGAUCCAGAGGGGCACAAUGCACGCGUGGGUGAACAACAAUCCGACCGAAUGGGCAAGGCUGGCUUUUGUGCUGCAACCUUGUGAGCCGGUUGUGGUGGGUGGCAAGGCGCUCGAGGAAGAACUCGCCGAUAUGGAAGGCGUCAAAAAGUCUGAAUAG